GGUGUAGGGAAGGGGGACAAGGGCCAGGCCCUCAACCGCUGUAGCUAAGAAUGGGGUGGGGGAGGGAGCUGGCCGCCAGCAGAUUCCUCGUUGUCGCUCUGCCUCCAGCCCACAGUGGGCCAGGAUGUGGCCCAGGCUCUGGGGCCUGAGGGCCCAGGAUGCAGUCGCCAGCGGUGAAGGAGGCUGGGCGCGGGGGUCCGCGAGAGCGAACAGGAAAGGGGUCCCGUGAGGAGCGCGCCAAGGGGCCGCCCGCGGCGGAGCCCCCCAAGCCGGGUUGGGCCCUAUCGCUGGAAGGCCUGGCGGCCAUGCGCCCCCCACAGCGUCACCGCCACCUGCUCUUCGGGGACCUGCUUGAGGACGUGGGCGUGGCCGCCUCCAUCUUCCCCCGUGAGUCAGUGGAGCUGGGGUACCAUAUGCCCGACCCGCGCGCGUGGACGCAGUCACUCGAGCUGCCCGCGGUGCGCCAGGACAUGCUCCUCGGCGUCUUCAAGGCAGCGGAGGCCCGAGGACGAAUCCGUGCCCUGAGGCUGCGCUACAUCCGCAUGCGGGCGGAGGAGAUCUCGCUCCUCAUCCUGCAGCAGAAGUCCGCGCGCGCCGCCAUCCGGCUGGAGCUGUUCCUGCCGCCGCAGCUGAAGGCAACGCGGAUCCCAGACCCCCUGGACCGUCAAGAGGUGCCCACAGGCCCGGGAAGGGGCAGAGGGGGAUCCCCGCCCUCCUCCCCGCACACUUGGCCCCAACCCCUCUCACCCGCAGAGGAGGCGCGUGGAGACCAUCUUAGAGGAGAAAGUUGAUGGCAGCAUCUUCCCACGUUGACUGGGACUCCACAGGGUGCGAACGCGCCCCACCCUCCCAUAUAAAGUUCUCAUUGUCCAAGC